CUUGACUCUUUGCGUUUGAUAGAAACCGUGGGAGCGCUCUAAUUGGCGGCCGUAAAAGAGAAAGGAAGUAUUUAGUUCUCACCGACGUUUCAUUGGAAGAGAAAGUCGAAGAUUAUUUAGCGCAGUUUUUACUCCCAAGUCAGUGUCUCUACUUUCUUUUACUCUAAGAGCAAUAUCACAACUCUUUGACAAUGGCUUCCUUUAACAAAGGUCCUGCCUACGGAUUAUCUGCGGAGGUGAAAAACAAGAUCGCACAGAAGUAUGACCUUCAGAAAGAAGAGGAGCUGAGGAUCUGGAUCGAAGACAUCACCGGUUCCUCCAUUGGCCCGGACUUCCAGAAAGGCCUGAAGAAUGGAGUCAUUCUGUGCAAUCUUAUCAACAAACUUCAACCAGGCUCAGUGAAGAAGGUCAACCAGUCAGCGCUGAACUGGCAUCAGCUGGAGAACCUAACAAACUUCAUCAAAGCCAUCACAGUGUACGGUCUGAAGCCUCACGAUAUCUUUGAAGCCAACGACCUCUUCGAGAGUGGCAACAUGACGCAGGUCCAGACAACGCUGCUUGCGCUGGCCAGCAUGGCCAAGACCAAGGGCUGCCAGUCACGAGUGGAUAUCGGGGUGAAGUACGCUGACAAGCAGGAGAGGAUGUUUGACGAGGAGAAGAUGAAGGCUGGACAGUGCGUCAUUGGCCUACAGAUGGGGACCAACAAGUGUGCCAGCCAAGCAGGGAUGAAUGCAUAUGGCACCAGGAGACACUUAUAUGACCCCAAAGUUCAAAUCCAGCCCCCCAUGGACAACACAACCAUCAGUCUGCAAAUGGGAACCAACAAGGGGGCGAGUCAGGCUGGGAUGACGGCUCCAGGUACAAGACGUGCCAUUUACGACCAGAAGCUGGGCACAGACAAGUGUGACAACAGCACCAUGUCCCUACAGAUGGGCUACAGCCACGGAGCCAACCAGAGCGGUCAAAACUUCGGCUUGGGACGUCAGAUCUAUGACGCCAAGUACUGUCCUAAAGCUGGAGAUGUUGCAGAUGAUCAGAACGGGGCAGGGGGCACCAGCGACUAUAUCCCAGACUACCAAGACGAGGGUUACCAGGGUUACCAGGAGGAAGAGCAGGUGUACCACGACGAUGGGACAGAUUACUAGGAGGAAGGAAGGAGCUGGGGAAGGGAAAGCGAGAUCGUACAAAGGAGGCAUGUUCUGCAAGAAGACCUCAAGGCAGGCAGUUUAUUUUUAUAUCCACAGGAUGAUGCACCUUUUUUGGGUCAUAUCCUUUUAGUAUUGUAUGAAAUUGUUUUUUUAGCCCUAUUUGUACAAGACCAAUGUUACACAUAUCAUGAACUGCAUUUCUGUGAUUUUUUUUUUUUCCUUUCUUUUUUUUUUCAGUAUUUAAAGUGACCACAAAAGCCAAUCUUCUUGGCUUAGCUUUUAGCUUUUCUGUCCCAGGGAUAUUUUUUUAAUGUGCCAAAGCCCCACUAGAUUUCCCUAGGUUUUUGUAAGGGCACCAUGAAACUAAAAGUGAAACAUAAGGAGGGAUUUUUAUUUUUUUUGGCAGGAAACGCAUGUUAUGAUCAAAACACCCAUGCUUGUGCUUAUCUAUAAUAGUUGUAUCGACUGUGUAAACUUCAUCAAUUUAUUUCUGUAAUUCCCAUGAAUGAGAAUGUACAUUUGUGUGUGUUUGUUACUUCUUAAGUAUCUUCUUCAUUCCCUUCAGUAUUGGUCAUUGACAUAUGCAGUAGUAAAAUAAAUGUUUUAGUUGUUCAAACAGAUGAGGGAACAAACUUUUUUUUUUUUUUUUUAAAGAACAAACCGGUUUAACCAUCUUACAUUCUUCUCUCUCACUUAUUUCAGUUUUUUCUUUCUUUAAUGGAGGAAAUAUUUCCUUUGUUUGUAUAACCACUCCAACUGGAGUUGAGCUUGUUUUCUUUGGAUUAAAGACAGUGAAGUGGGGGAGUGGAUAAAAUAAUACUCAAGUGAAGUUUGCAACAUUCCAAGCAAGAAUACUGGAUUCUUUUUUAUGUCAUUGAGUAAUGUUUAAGUGAAUCCUUCUUAAAUAAUGGUUGAUAUGUGAACCAAUCCUAUGAUUAUAUUUGAUCAGUAAGAUUAUUAUUUAUGCUUAUUUGUGAUUUGAAUGGGGGCUAUUUUGUACCUUAACUCUGAAUAACAUUUUGUAUUGGACUGUAGUUUUUCCUCUGGAGUUAUUUUUAUGCCAAUGGAAAAAAAAUGUUUGAAUUGAGAAGUAUGUUUUUUUUUUUGUGAAUACGGUGUAAUAAAGAUGUGUAUUCAUUA